UGGCCCCAUCCUCCGCUGUGCUGUGCUGGGUGGGGGAGCUGAGGCCCGGCGUGUCUGAGCCAUUGCCCUUUUAAGGCCGCUGGUGGGAAGCAGGAGAAUGACGUCUGCAGCCGGAGCAGCCCCAGCAGCAGCGAGCCAGGAGCGGCUCUCAGCGCCAGUGGAGGAGCGGCGGGGAGGACGAGACACGGCUGUAGAGGCGACCACACAGACACCCCAGCAUGCGUGAAUAUAAGCUUGUGGUCUUAGGCUCAGGAGGUGUAGGAAAAUCUGCACUGACAGUCCAGUUUGUUCAGGGUAUAUUUGUGGAAAAGUAUGACCCCACAAUAGAAGACUCAUAUAGAAAGCAAGUAGAAGUUGACGGGCAACAAUGCAUGCUAGAAAUCCUCGACACAGCAGGCACAGAGCAGUUCACGGCGAUGAGGGACCUGUAUAUGAAGAAUGGGCAGGGCUUUGCUCUGGUCUACUCCAUUACAGCACAGUCCACGUUUAACGACCUGCAGGACCUGAGAGAACAGAUCUUACGGGUUAAAGACACAGAGGAUGUGCCAAUGAUUCUGGUGGGGAAUAAGUGUGAUCUGGAGGACGAGAGGGUGGUAGGGAAGGAGCAGGGGCAGAAUCUUGCUCGCCAGUGGAAUAACUGUGCCUUUCUAGAAUCCUCUGCCAAAUCAAAGAUCAAUGUCAACGAGAUCUUCUAUGACUUGGUCAGACAGAUAAAUAGAAAAACACCGGUGGAAAAAAAGAAAGCCAAGAAGAGGUCUAACUGCACACUUCUCUAAAACCACGCGCACACACGCACCCCAGCAGCAGCUCUGAGCCAGAAUGCUGAAAUGAAGACCUGUUGCCCUACUGGCCAGCAUUCCAGCCCCAUUCAACAGUUAUUGGACUCAGUGUCGGCAAAGGCAGAAACAAGGACUAAGGCCUGUUCCUUAGUUUACUGACGGAGUGAACAAGGGAGAGAGAAGUCUGACUUCUUCCAGCUCUCCAUUUCUGCUUUUCCUUCCCAGACUAUCCCAACUUUUCUCCUCCCACCUCCUUUUUAUCCUCGUUACCCUCCUGUUUCCUCCUCUCUCCUCUACAGAAAGGAUUCGUAUCGAGCGCUUACAGGUUUUUGCAGAUGCCAUUUUUUUUAAAGGACUAUAGUAACAGGAAUAUGGCGUUUUGGUUUGGGGGUAGUGAAGCAUUGUAAUGUACUGUUCAUUAAUACCUUCAACAAGCAUGGGCACAUUUAUUAAAAAUCUAUAACAAAUAAUAAAAAAAAAACCCAAAAGCCAAUCAUGUUAAUAUUUCAGCCCUCCCCCUAACCCCGCCCUUUCCUCAUGACCAUGUCUCUCCAUGACUCUAACCUGCACUUCAGAAAUAAAUCUGGGUCCAUACGAGUCUCCACCCCCUCUGCUUCUUCCCCCCUUCAUCAGGACCAGCUCCUCAGAUAACGUUUUUUGCCUGAGUGACCUUUGUUUUAUAUUUGAAGUCUCAAAGCUUUCAUAUUUCGCAUAAUAUAUUCUAAUUCCAUUUUUUGCAUAGGGAAGCUUUGGAAAAAAUGGUUCUUUUAUUUGAGAGAUGGGGACGAAUAACACACAUGGGUUUCUGUGUCUCUCAUGCUGAAAAAAAUUAAUUGUACUAAAACCAAGUCUAAUAUUUCUUCAUGUGUUCUGUCACUCAAAGUGGUAAUAAUUUUCCAACUUUUAUGAAUGAUUGAUUAAAUUUUAGUACAUUUUCAUUAAUUUCUUGGUCUUCUGUAUUUUGUUGUAGCCUUCGGAUGCUUGAAUAAGGAUGGUUAAAAUAACCGUAAAUAAUCCGUUUUGUGCCUGUCUCGGAGAAGAAUGAAAUCAGACCUGUACCAUGGCGUUGACUUCUCCAUCUAAUAACAAAUAAUCAAUAAUCAGUUCAUUAUACUGCACUGUCUAGAACCAAAUGACAUACGAAGUAAAGAAAUCAUUACAAACUUAUUUUAUUUAAUUUUAUUUCCUUCUCCUUUAUGAUUCUCUCCAUGGUUGUGAAGUUCAUGGUGAUGCUCGGUGUCUCUGGCCAGCUUUUGGUUUUAUUUUAAUAAUUUUUUGUCUUAAUCUUAUUUCUUGAUUUCUUUUUUUUUUCUCCAUUGAUUUAAAUAAAUGUAUUUCAUAUUGA